UCUGGACUUAUCUGACAAAGUUCUUUUACUAUAGCAUUCUGAACUUUUCUUAUAAUUUAUGGGAAAUUUUUUAUUUUUUUAAAAAAAUACCAAUCCAUAAAAUUUUGAUUUUUUUUUCUGUUGGUUAGUACCAUAUAGUUCUUACAUUCCCAAAAAGGAAAGCUUACACUUUUAGGUUGAACAGGUUUUAUAAACAAUUGAAACUGUUGCCGUACAUAAAACCUGUUUAAUUACCACAUUAUCACACAAUAGGCUCAUAAAAAUCAAAACCUAGUCUUAUUUAACAUGAUUUUAGUUUUGAAAGAUGAGUAAGAGACUCAUUUUUCAAACAUUUUAAAUGGUUCCAAAAUGUAUGUGAAAGAUCGAAAGAAGGUUUCAAUUUAUGCAACUUCUGUGCACACUGUUUAGUACUGAAAUUAGCCAGUCAAUGAACUAAAAAUGUGUUCGACUGCUUCAGUAUCUUCCUUCGAUAUACAGUAAUGCAUUCCUGUUGAACCAAUAGGAAUGGUAGCACUUACAGUCUUCAAAAUACUGUGAGCAGUGGUGGCUGGAAACCUGUAUCCAGCAGCUGGCCCAUGUAGUAGCAUAAAGUUCACUACAAUUUUGUUUAACUCAUAGCUAGUGUCUAUAAUCUCUUCAAUCCACCAGUCAUGGUCAUACACCAACGCCACCUAGAAACAAAGCCUACACACACAAUUCUGUGGGAGCUGUGACAUCAGCGUUCUGCAGCUGAGCAGUGCUAUCUGUGGUUGAAGCAGUGUUUGGAAGCAUGGUCACGGCAUGGGUUUGUUUUUGUAGCAGUGUUUGAUAGCAUGGCUUUGUUUUUAUAACAUUUGUGGCGGAAAUCUUGUUCUCACUGUUAUAUAUGAUUCGGAGUGUUAUUGAUCAUCUGUUCAAAAUGCCACGCAAGUGCUGCAUUCCCUAUUGUAGGGGAAACUACGACAACGGUCCAAAAGUUAGCAUCUUUUCAUUCCCGUCUGAUGAAGCCUUAAGAUUGAAAUGGAUCACUGUAGUUCAUAGGAAAGACUGGAAACCCAGUAAACAGUCCAUUGUAAGUAUCUUAAAUUUAACUUAUUUCUGUAUGGUUACUCUUUUUAAUACUGUUAUGUUACAGAACUGAAAAUUCAAAUCAAUAGCAUGACUAUAACAAAGCAUAAUACUUUUAAGCUCACUUUAUGCAGUCCUCAGUUAGAUUUCAUUUGUCAGUUUACAUUCUGCCUUUACGUUAACAGUAAAAUAUAUGCUUCUUUUCAGAUAUGUGAACUGCAUUUCAAUGCAGACGACAUUGAGAAAAUUACCAGUGCUUACGACCCAAAAACUGGCAAACUCCUUACAGCACCUUUGGACCGUCCACGUUUAAAGAAAGAUACUGUACCAUCAAAGUUGCCAGGAUGCCCUACGUAUUUAUCUUCAAAACAAGCACCAGCUCGAGAAGAUCCAGAGAGUCGUCACGAACAUUUGGAGAAUCAAGCACUUGACAAAGUCAUUGAGCAGAGUGUGAAAUCACACACAAAAAUGGUGGAGAAGAUUUCAUUUGCUAGGUUAGAAGAGUUUAAAUCAAAAUUAUCUGAUUGUGAAAAGCACAGUGACUGGGUCACAGUAACCAAAGCAAACAAUUUGUGUCUUGUGUUGUUAAAGGAUGUUCCUUAGCUUUUUUUAAGUGUUGUGUGUCAUGUCGUUAUAAAUAGUGAUUUAGUGUUGAGUGCAUUUGUGAAGGAAGCUGAGCUAAAGUGUGCUGGUAAGAUCAAAUUACCAAAGCAAGUAAGUGAUACUGAUAGAGUUAGUAAUAUUUUGAAAGAGUUGUACGUGAUGUUUUAUAUAAAUGAGGCUCCAGUUGAGGCAAGUUUGUCUUGCAUUGAAGACAUUUUGGACAACCUGUUAGAAAAAUUACCAGAAAGUGAGCAUAAAAUUAAAUUUUUGAAGGAAGAAGUUUCAUUUCAAGAUUUAAAAGUCCAACACAGAUUAGGUAUGGGAAUGAUUCAAUGAUUUUAUGGUCAUUAGUUUAUUCUAUCAGUCCACAUGCAUAUAGGUUUUUGAGAACUGCUAGUAAUUUUUCCAUUCCAAGUCUCAGUACAUUGUCAAAACUUUGCAGUAAACUUCCAACUCACCCAAUCAUUGAGCAGCAGAGUGAUCAGUUUCUCAAUUACAUUUCACAAAAAGUUAGUGUUUUAUCUGUAAAUGACAAAACUGUCCUCCUGUU